UGAAGUCAAUGGGAUACUUUCUAUUGUUCCCAAAGGACAUCAGAUCAGGUUGGCUCUUCCACUGGUGUAAAUGCAGAGUAAAUCCAGAGAGAGAGAAUUUUCUCUGCUAAGUACACUCUUUCUAUGAUUUCAUCAUUUGGAUUUGUUGUUUUCCCACCGGACUGAUUAUGCACACAAGAGUCUAGUGCCUCCUCUGGAGCUAUUAACAGAAGUCAAACACAUCAGCCAUGCUUCAUGUCAAGGGUUGACCAGUAUUACAUCAUCUAUAUUGGACAACUCUUCGAUUCUUUUGUCACUGUGGUCCUGCCUCUCAAAUGCUGGGUGGAACCACUUCUUAGCAACAUACCUCAGGUGGCUCCUGAGCAGGAUUCAUCACCGAAUUUGGUCUGCUGAUUGGAUCAUUAGCUUCCCUGGCUUGGGCUGUGUACUGAUAGGGAGUGCAACGUGAACGCUGAUCCAUGCCCCUCAAUGAAACCACUAAAAGAUAUGCUCUCAAUCAGAGGAGACAGAGCAAACCUUGCUUCGUGCUGAUGCUGAGUUAGUUUGGCCAAGAUCUCGAGAUUAUGUAUGCAGUAGAUGGAGUCAUGAAGCCUACAACACAACAAAAUCUUCUCUGCUGAGUGUUCAGUGUGGUGUCUUCAAACUCUGCUUAUGAGAUUUGCCUUAAUAGUGCGAUUAACAAGCAUUGAUAGUCUGGUGGCUUUACCUGGACUCCAAACUAUAGCAUAAGGUAUUUAAAGGAAAUGUCAGCUACUGAGCCAGUAAGAGCGGGGAACCACACUGCAGAGACAGAAUUCAUCCUGUUGGGGUUUGGAAGAGGUCUGUGGAUGGAGAUGUUCCCCUUUGUGCUGUUCCUGGUGAUUUACAUAAUAACCAUGCUGGGAAACACCAUCCUGGUCCUCACCAUUGGAACUGAUUCUCAGCUUCACACCCCCAUGUACUUCUUCCUCAUGAACUUGUCACUCUUAGAUCUUGGCAACUCCUCCUCCAUUGCCCCCAGAGCUAUGGUGAGCUUCCUAUCAGGGAGCAAAGCCAUUUCCUACAAUGGAUGUGCCACCCAAUUCUUCUUUGUCACUUUCUUCCUCACCACUGAAGGGUUCCUCCUGGCAGCAAUGGCGUACGAUCGAUACUCCGCCAUCCGCAACCCGCUCCGGUAUCCCAUCACCAUGUCCAAGUGGGUUUGUAUUUGGCUGGUGGUGGGAUCAUAUACCUGUGGCUGUGUGAACGCCAUGGUGCAAACAGGCUUCACCUUUACGCUAAUCUUUUGUGGGUCUAAUGAGAUGGAUCAUUUCUUCUGUGACGGCCCUCCCCUGAUUAGUCUGUCCUGCAGCGACACGUUCGUCAAUAACAUUGUGAUGUUUACCUUAUGUGGCCUCAUUAUAGUGAACACUGCACUGAUUACACUUGUCUCCUAUGUCUAUAUCAUCUCCACCAUCCUCAGGAUUCGCUCUGCUGAGGGCAGACACAAAACCUUCUCCACCUGCACCUCCCACCUGGUGGUUGUGACUUCAUUUUAUGUGUCCACUGCUUUGAUGUAUGCCCAGCCCACUAGGCUAGCUUUUCUGUACCCAAGGAAAGUGGUGUCCGUCUUUUAUACUCUUUUUGCUCCCAUGUUGAAUCCUUUCAUCUACAGCCUCAGGAACAAGGAUGUGAAAGAUGCUUUGAGAAGGACUAUGAGCAAGAAAUGUUUGAAAAAAUGAACAUUGUCUUUGAACAUACAGAGGAAACCAAUUGGAUCAAACUAUAGUGCAAUACAACAAAUUUUGAGCAAAUGUUUAUUUUUAUUCGGAUUAGUUUGGGAGCAAGUAUAAAAAAAAUCCUUGGGAUCCACAGUAUCUAUCUAUCUAUUUCUCU